AUGAAUCAUUAUUACUGCACCGAGUUACACAGAACACAAGUACUAGAACAUAAUCUGACAUAUUGCUCUAUUCAUUAUAUUUUAGAACAAGGUAUGUUAUAUAAAGAGUUUAUGGAAACAACUCACCCAGCUCAGCUGAUGUGUUUACCAGUAUUCAGAAGAUAUUUAGCAGCCAAAGGUGCCAAAUUGGAUGAAAUAGAUGAUAUUUUUAGGGCCUUUGAUCUUCAUAAAAGAAAAUAUUUAACAUAUAAAGAUGUAUUAUUAGGUUUAGCUGCUAUGGAACCCACCACUCAACAUGGUGGUAUGCCAGCUGAAAUGAGAUGUAGAUAUAUCUUUAAGUAUUAUGAUAAAAAUUUAGAUAAUUUUCUGCAGGAAAAUUUUGAAUAUGACGACAUAAUCUGGUUCUGUACCGUGCAAAUGAGACCAGAAUUGGAACAGACGGAACUUGUUCAGAACUCUCCAAUCAAGUGCCACCAUAAUGAAGAUACAUCAGCUAUAUUUAAACAACCUAACAGUCGACCACCACAAACAAAACAAAAUGCUCUACCUAAAUAUGAACUAGCUACCCAUACUGUGAAAGUACGUCGAACUGGUACCUUAGCUGAUAUUAUGGCACUGUGGGAUUUACAAGGUUAUGGUAGUGCUGAUCAUCAUUUAGAAGGAGAUAUUUCACGAUUUCAACGAAUGCCUUCCAUAGAUUCAUUUAAUCAGAGAUCUCAACCUAAUGAAAUGUUAACAGGGUUACGAUAUUUUGAAAGAAGUUUAAAGGGAGAUAAUAAUGCUCUACCAAAGGAUCAGUUUACGUGGGGUCAAGUUGAUAUGACAGCGCUAGCUAAAUGUUUGCUAGCUUUAUGUAGACAAGCUAAAGAUCUGCUAAUGAAUGAGCCAAGAUUACUAAAGUUACAAUCACCAUCUUAUAUUUUAGGUGAUAUUCAUGGUAAUUUUCGUGAUUUGGUGAGUUUUGAGAAAGCAUUAUGGAGAAUGGGUCCGAUAUUAACACCAGCAUCAUUUCUGUUUCUAGGAGAUUAUGUUGAUAGAGGUGAUCAUGGUGUGGAGGUAGUAGCUUAUCUAUUAGCUCAGAAACUGUUAGCACCUGGUAAAUUUUUCUUAUUGAGGGGUAAUCACGAGUUACGUCAUGUACAAGAAAUGUUCCACUUUAAAAAUGAAUGUUAUAAUAAAUUUGGUGAUUCUGUGGGGCUACAGAUAUGGGAUGCUAUAAAUGACUGUUUUGAUGCAAUGCCAAUAGCAGCUACUGUAGAUGACAAGGUAUUUUGUGUGCAUGGUGGAAUCCCCAGUACUCUUACUCAUGGUGGUUUUAUAGAAGCUAUAAAUAAAGUUCCUGUACCAUUACCAGACCCAGAGAAACAGAGUACUAUGGCUUGGGAAAUAUUAUGGAGUGAUCCAAUUGGAUUGGACCAAAUGACACCAGAAGUUAUAGAUGAAUUAAAAGAAAAUGAAGGUUUUGUAUUUAAUACCAGAAGAGGAACAGCUAAUUUUUUCAGUUGUGAUGCAUUGUUCCAGUUUUUAGAAAGAAAUGGUUUAUCACAUGUUAUUAGAGCUCAUGAAGUUCAAGAGGCGGGGUUUCAGGUACAACAACAAGGAAAAUUACUAACUGUAUUUUCAUCUUCCAAAUAUUGUGGUGGAGCCAAUGAGGCUGCUUGUGUUUUAGCUGAUAAUUUUAAACUGAGAAUGAUUCGUAUUGAUACAUCCUGA